AUGCGUCUCAACAACUCUUUGAUGCUGCUGGCAGCUCUCUCUACUGGUGUCCUCGCCCGGUUAGAAGGUCAUGCUCGUCGUCAUGUCCUAAGCACCACCACAGUCACUGAAUUGGUGACUAUCACGGCCUGCCCUCAGUCGAGUUGCGCUUCUUCUACUUCAACUCCUGCAUGGACUACUUCCGUCGCGCCAGUGACUACCACCCCAACACCGGAGUAUACUCCUACUCCCGAGCCAACUACCUCAACCGCCAGCUCCGCAGCAAGCGCUGACUGGACCUCUGUCCCAUCAGACGGCACAUACUCCACCUCCGGCUUUGGAGCAUCCACCAAGUCAUCCGGCUCAUCUGAUACUUACAAGGGUAAUGUCGGCAGCCCCUACGGCUCAAACAUCAUCACUGUCGACGCCUCCGUGGCCUCGGAGUACAAGUACGUAGUUCAAUUUACCGGCUCCAGCACCGAUGAAUGGGAAGUCGUCAUUUGGAACAAGUACGGCGAAGACGGAAGCAUGGACGGCUGGUUCGAACGUGCCUGUCACACCUUUAAGAUCGCUGCCGGCGAAACUAUCUACUAUGCUUUCGAUACCGAUUCCCAGGGUGGUUGGGCCGCUGGCAAGGGCUCCGUCCCUGUUAACGACCUCGGUGAAUACGCCAGUACAUGGGGUGAAUUCGAUCUUGGAUCCACUGUUAACAGUGGCUGGUCUGGAUUCGAUGUCAGUGCUAUUGUUGCGCAGGACUCCGAUAUGACUGUCCAGGGUAUGAAGAUCUGUGAUGCACUUGGUGAUACUUGCUCCUCCAUUACCUCUGGUGCGGGCACUGUUUCAAAUGCUUAUACCUCUGCUGAGGCCGAUGAGGGUGGUAUUGGUGGAAACCUUUCUGCUGGUGCCGUGCGUUUGGCCGUUACUUUGGAUUACUCCGAGUAA